GAAAAAUUCUACUCACUAUUUCUUUGCACGGAAAACUCCAGGAUCCUCUUAUGAAUAACCACCUUCUUGAAGCAAAUUCAGAGGCCAAUAUUGAGGAAGCUCAAGAAGGUUUCCAUGUAUCAUCUCCGAACCGAAAGAUACCAGAAGGAAAACACAUAAUUAAAUCUAUUGCCAGAGGUUUAGAAAAGCUCUUUCACAAGAAUGGGGAAACUUCAAAAUCCGAUGAUUCUCCGGAGCUGUCUAGUAUAGAAUCUGAAUACGAGGAUUGCGUGGACAACUUUUCUAAUUGUAGCUUUGAAGAGGCUCUUGAGAUGAUGCAGUCAAAAGGCAGUGAACAAGAGAUGCCGGAGAACUUGCGUGGGGGUGUUCUGAUUGAUCAAGCAUAUGCUGUAUCUUCACGUGAUCUCAACGCGUUCCUUUUCGCUCCGAAUUCACAAUUCGUGAGUGAUCUCACACAGCUUCAUGGAACAACCAAUAUGCAGGAGGGGCCUUGGACGUGGAAUUCAGGAGACAUGUCAUGUUUGACCCGAGUUCUUUCGUACACUAAAGCUGCAACAAAGAUGAUGAAGGCGAUUAGGGCCACCGAGGAGCAAACCUAUGUCAAAGCAGAUGGAAAGGAAUAUGCUGUUUUUGUGUCUGUAAGUACACCGGAAGUUCCGUAUGGAAAUUCCUUCAAGGUUGAGUUGCUUUACAAGAUAAUGCCUGGAACGGAGCUAUCAUCAGGGGAAGAAUCCUGUCAUCUUACAAUAUCAUGGGGAGUCAACUUCCUGCAAAGCACAAUGAUGAGAAAUUUAAUCGAGGGAGGCGUUCGACAAGGGCUUAAGGAGAGCUUUGACCAGUUUGCAACUUUGCUUGCUCAACAUUUUAAGAUGCUGGAUUCGACAGUUUUAUCUGAAAAGGAUCAUGUUUUGUCAGCUCUGCAAGCAGAACAUAAAUCAGAUUGGGAAUUGGCGAUUGAGUACUUCUGGAAUGCUUCUGUACUUACCACUAUUUUCAUGGUUUUGUAUGUACUUGUACAUAUAUUAAUCAGUGAAACCAGCCAAGUCCAAGGCUUGGAAUUUUCUGGACUUGAUUUGCCAGACAGUUUUGGGGAGCUCCUCUCUUGUGGGAUUUUAGUCAUUCAAUUGGAACAUGUUUAUAACAUGGUCUUACACUUUGUACAAGCUAGAUUGCAAAGAGGAGGUGAUCAUGGAGUCAAAGCACAAGGUGACGGAUGGGUUCUCACUGUGGCUUUGAUUGAAGGGGUCAACUUGGCAUCCUUAGGUUCCUCAGAUUUAUCAGAUCCAUAUGUGGUUUUCACCUGCAAUGCCAAAACAAGAACAAGCUCGGUGAAGCUCCAAACUCGCGAUCCUCAAUGGAAUGAGAUACUUGAGUUCGAUGCUAUGGAGGAACCUCCAUCAGUUUUGGAUGUGGAAGUUUAUGAUUUCGAUGGCCCGUUUGAUCAAGCUGCCUCACUUGGGCAUGCUGAAAUUAAUUUCUUGAAACACUCAUCUACUGAACUUGCAGACAUGUGGAUCCCCCUUGAGGGGAAGGUCGCUCAGUCUUCUCAGUCUAAGUUGCACUUGAGAAUCUUUUUGGAUAACGCCAAUGGAGUCGAAACAAUUAGGGAGUACUUGACCAAGAUGGAAAAGGAAGUGGGAAAGAAGUUGAGCCUCCGAUCGCCUCACAGGAAUUCG